CAUAACGCCUCACUGGCUUUAUAAUUUUCCCUUCCCGCCAAGUAGAAAUUGCGUUUUGUAAUAUUGACAUCAUUUCCUCAGAUUUCGAAUUCCGUAACCACAAAAAACACUUCAAUAAUGGAGGAUAUCGAUUGGAAGAAGAAGAAGAAUAAGCAGAGAUGGAGCGUAACCUACACAAAGCACAUCAAGCAAAAGCGAAAAAUCUAUCAAGACGGUUUCUUAGAUCUUCACUUCUCCACAAACAAGGUCAUGCUGUUUGACGAGUGCGAGAAGUUAUUAGAAUGCAGAAUCUUGAAGGAUGAAGAAGUUGUUAGUUCCAGUGAAACCCUAACAUUCAAUUCCUUUCUUGUUGAUGUUGGACAUCCUGAGGUCGGUAGUGAUAAUAAUAGUAAUAAUAAGCUACCGGUAUCAGAUUUGAAUUUUCACGGAAGAGAUAGGAAAACUACCGAAAGGUUUGGCUUCAUGCGUCGACAAAAGUUUAGAAAUCCUUCGAUUUCAUCCCCCGGUGGAGAGGAUACCGUGGAGAAGAAUGAAGCACGACCGGAUUGUCUAAGCACGUCGCAAAAGAUCAUCAAAGAGAUCAAGAAGAGUGAACUGCGAAGGUAUGUAGUGCCAGAGAGCAGUCCAGAUAUGUCAAAAAGUGCAACAGAAUGGCAGGUCUUAUACACUACGCAAAUGACUCAAAAGACCAAGAAGUACCACGAUGGUUUCUUAAGACUUGCAAGUCGUGAAUCCUUAGGGACGCAGAUCAUGCUGUAUGAUGCAAGCAAGAGACAAUUAGAUUGUAGGUUCCUCAAGAAAGAUGAAAUAAUAAGUUCUGGUGAAUCAAUAUCAUUUGAUGCUCAUUUGGUUGACAUUGGAGAACCUGGAGGAGAAAAUCAGCUUCUAGAGGAUUUGAACAUUCAAGGAAAUAAUUCUAACGAUGCUAGCAAACCGGGAACAAUGCAUGGACAGCCAAAUGGUAUUAAAGACAACAAAUCCGUUGCAAAAGAGUGGUGUGCUCUUUACACUAGUCAUAUAACUCAAAAGGCCAAGAAGUACCACAGUGGAAUCCUCAGGCUUGCUUCUUGUGGUUCUUACAGAAUGCAGGUCACUUUAUUAAGUGAAGGUAAAACCUUCCUGACCAGUAAGUUCCUCAGCUUGUCAGAAGAUGUGAAAGUCGGAAGCAAGCUUGCACUGCCAAAAUAUUUGGUAGAAGUUGGCGAGCCAUUAAUGAGUUCUGAAGGAAAAUAUCAAAACACUUAUUUAAGGGAAGAUGCAAAUUCAAGAAGCAUCUCUAUUGAAGAUAGAACCAAGUUGUGCAAUGCUGUUCCUACAAACAAAACUUUACGCAAUGCCUGUCAAAUCUUGUCCAUUCUCCAAAAACCUGCUGUUCAGGGGAGUGUUGCUGUCCAGUGUAUUGAUAAGAGCAUAAAUGCCUCGACUCUAUCUGAAGACUCUGAAUUAUCGAGACAAUCAUUCCCACAUGAAGGACCCAGUCAAAAUUUGGAUGAUGGAGGAUCAAGUAAAAUUGUGGACAUUGAGAUAUCUGCUGAUCUCAACUUUUCCGAAGUGUUAUCUACUUUUAGCGGUAAUCAAUUUCCCAAUGACACUGAAGCUGCUGGAAAUUUUGAACAGUGUCAUCCGGCCAAAGUAGAAGCUGACACCAAAUGCUGUGAUGAAGCUUUUGCUUCUAGUAUUUCCAGUUUGAUGGGUUCCUGUACUCACUGUCCUAAUGAUGAUAAAAAGAAGACUCUUGAUCAGCCCAAGAGUGCAAGGAAAAUGGAUGAAUGGCCUACAUUCGAUCUUGGAUUUUGAACAAGAGCUGUUAUGUACAUGUGGCUUGGUGGUUAUCGAUUUUAUUGCAUAGGUAAAGUGUGCUUCAUGUGACAUUAUGCUCCAUAUAUCGCCACAUGCAUGUGUAAGAAAUGCUUGACCUGGUUCCUCCCAUUAUCUCUUAACCAAAAACUGUUGCAUGCAAGGUUGUCAAAA